UUAAGCCUAUCCGAAAAAACAGAAAACGUCUUCCUCGUGAGUACUGCAGACAAUGUAACGCAAUAUACGCCAACACCAACAUGCUACAGAACCACACCUGGGACCCUAGGUCUUUUUUAUAUAUAGUAAGAGAGAAACAGUCCAUCUGUGUUUCAGAGAGAGAGAGAGAGAGAUGAUUUGGGAAGGAGGAUCAACAGCGUCAUCAUCAGCUGCAGCAACAGCAGCUGGGAGGAGGAAGCCAUCGUGGAGGGAGAGAGAGAACAACAGGAGGAGAGAGAGGAGGAGGAGGGCUGUAGCUGCCAAGAUUUACUCAGGGCUUCGGGCUCAGGGCAACUACGAUCUUCCCAAACACUGUGACAACAAUGAGGUAUUGAAGGCACUUUGUGCUGAAGCUGGGUGGAUCGUUGAACCUGAUGGCACCACCUAUCGAAAGGGAUGCAAACCACCCGCAUUUGAGACUGGGGGUACUUCAACCAACAUCACACCAUGCUCUUCCCACAAUCCAAGUCCACCAUCUUCCUACUUUGCAAGUCCAAUUCCUUCUUACCAGCCUAGUCCAUCAUCCUCUUCCUUCCCAAGCCCCUCUCGUCUAGAUGCAAAUAUGGCAUCAAACCCGUUUGCAUUUCUUCGUGGCUCUAUUCCUUCAUCAUUCCCUCCUCUUCGAAUCUCAAAUAGUGCCCCUGUAACUCCCCCUCUUUCAUCCCCAACUAGACUUGCUAAGCAAAUUCCCAAUUGGGACUCCUUUACCAAAGAAUCCAUGUCGGCUUUGAACUUCCCGUUCUUUGCUGUUUCUGCCCCAGCAAGCCCAACUCGGGGUCAACGGUUUGCUCCAGCCACGAUACCUGAGUGUGAUGAGUCUGAUUCCUCUACUGUUGAUUCGGCGCAAUGGCAAAUUUUCCCUGAGGAAGCAAUCUCAGAUAAGGGCAAACGCACAGAGUUUGACUUUGAGAAGAUAGCGGUGAAGCCAUGGGAAGGGGAGAAGAUUCAUGAGGUGGGAUUAGAUGAUUUGGAACUCACACUUGGAAUUGGAAACACCCGGAUAUAGGCUACUGAUCAAAGAGGUGGAUAGUGGAAACAAAAUGGGGCUGCUUUCAGUUCUUUUAGUUUACUCGGCUAUCUCCAGAGGUGCAUUCGCAGUUCUGUUGAUGUGUCUACUUGUGGCGGGAGCCAUCCGUAUCAGAAAUAGGAGUUUCUAUUGGCCGCAUGCAAUUUGGUUUUUAGGAAGGAUUAAACUUGCAGGUGUUCUUUUUGCCUCAGAUUUCUCCUUCAUCAUAUUAGUGAUUAGAUACCCUUUUCAAAUUGUUUUGGAUUGUUUUUAUAAACAUUUCAUGUACAUAUUGUGUUUAUUUCAUGGUUGGGAUCAAGGAUUUUUAUCUCCAUUUUGGCCUGUAGACUAUUCGAAAUUUUCUCUUGAUUAUAGAUUCAGCUAUGUUUUCUGGCAAGCUUCUC